AUGGCAGCUGCGAGCUCCGUGCACAUCCCGCUUCGAGCGAGUGGCGGCCCCGCCAGAACGGCUCAUCUUGGCCCUCGCUGCUGUGUGCACGUGCCGCCUUGCGACCAACCCGGAUGCCGGGGCCACUGUGCAGAAGCCGCUGUCAAGGAUGUGACGCCUGAAAAGCUGGAGGUAUGCUUUCGCAAUGCAGACGGUUUUGUGUGGGUAUCAAGCACGCGGGUUCGACCUGCGAGCGCGCGGUCUCGGCUGCACAGCACCGACGUGCGAGGCGUUGAUGUCGCGCCGAUUGAGCUGACCUUCAAGCAGAAAGUGCUGCUCGAGAGGCAGCAGAAGAACCUCUUGGAGCAACUGAAGAGGCUGAGUCAACACAAAGACGACAGGCGCGCAAACUGGGAUACAGGCACUGCCCUAAUCAUCGAGCCAUACGACCAUUCCCGGUACGACGCGAGGAAGGCGGCAUUGAAGACGGAGUUGGCAGUCGCUAAUCCCAGCGAUGAACAGCUUGCUUUAGCUUCGACCGAUGCGCACAAAGUUGGCUUUACUUUCAAGACGAGUCGAUGGGUCGGUCGCAUUGCAGUAGCAGGUGCGGUCGUCGACAUCGCGCCAAAGCCACACGUGCCACUCAGUUCGCUCGCUUUGCUCGAGCUGCUGCUCAUCACGCUUGGCGGCGCUGACCUCCCUGUGGAUGCCAACGCCAUCUCCGGCCUGCCACGCGACGACCCUGUGCUGCUGCUCGCGUGCGCGUACUCUCUCGCGCUAGAGACAGCGCUGCGGCGCACGCGCGGUGCAAUCUGCGACUACCUCAGCGUGCGCGAGCUCUGCUCCUUUAUCCGCGGGCGUAUCGAUGUGCGUGCGUCGCUCAAACAACCGCAAGGCCUCGACUACCCGCCGCUUGUCUGCUCGUACGACGAGCUGACCAUAGACACGCCACAGAACCAACUGCUCAAGGCCGCCGCCCACCGCGUGCUCGAGCUGAUCACUGUUCAUGCUGCGGACCGCCCGGAGAGCGCAGGCGUCCUCGCGCCCAUCGAACAUCGACUUCGCAAGGCGGAGCGCAUGCUCGGCGGCGUCGCGUUGCGCGCCUUCACGACGGAGCGUGAGCUGGCGGCGGUCGAGCUGCAGGCGCACAAUCCGCGGUACCGGCACUACCAGCAGCCGCUGCAGCUAUCCAAGCACAUCCUCGCCGCUUCGUCGACCGAGGCGUGCGGCGGCCAGGUGGGCGUCUCUCUCCUCGUCAACAUGGAUACGGUCUUUGAGAACUUUGUGCGGUCAGUCUUCAGCGAGGUGAUGCCCGUUAAGAAGGGCGGAGACGCGGUGGGCGGCGAGCGCAAUGCCGUGUGUCCGCUCUCAAGCGAGGGGGCGGACUGCGGCGUGGACGCGCGGAAGGUCAGGCCGGAUAUGGUGAGCUGCGAUACGGCCUCGCGCGCGAUCGUCGGCGACGCCAAGCACAAGCGCCUGCACGUGAGUGAGCAGGGCAAACUCGUCACAAAGCGCGACGACGUCUACCAGAUGCUAUCGUACAUGUCGCUCUUCGAUGCGGCGUGCGGUGUUUUCGUGUAUGCCGCCUGCGACCCGCCGGAGUACGCUGAGCCGCUGCCUGAGACCUCAGCUGGUUUGCCGGCCGACGCAACGGUCGAGGUGAGCGGACGGCGUUACCCCGCGCAGCCCUUUCUGCGCCGAGUCGUCCUCUCCGGGAGCCGCCGCCCGCUGGUGUACGUGUGCUUGGACCUGCGCAAGAGUACCAAACAGGCGCGCCUCCAGCUGCGCCACGCGGCCGAGCACUGCAAGCGGAUGGCGGCCACACAGUGCAGCGCGCACUGCGACACACACCUAAGCGCGCUGUCUGAUGUCGAUUUCGACGCCUUUAUUGAGCGCGGUAAGGCAGCAGGCGGCUGUCAGUGGUGCACUGAGUGCUCCGCUCUGAGGCGCUCCGCACACGCCGAGGCAGCCGGUGGCGGCGCGUGA